UUCUAGUCCGAGGGAUUUUCUGCUCUUCAUGCCCAAGUGAAGGAAUGGUUUCCUGUGCAGCGUUUCAGGCUGUGUCGCGAGCAGAAUUUGGAAUCGGCUUCGCGAUGGCGGCCAUGAAGCGGCAAAUAUACUUGACUGGAUUCAAGGAAACCGAUCACGAGCUUUUGGUGAAGAUUGUGAAGGGGGCGCAAUGGAGGCAGAUUAAGGGGAAGCAAGGUGAUUGGAAGGAGUUUGUGGCGAUGGUGAAUAAGAAGAGGGGUGGGACUCAUAGUGACCCUGCUAGGCAUCCCGUGGACGUGCUUGCUGCAUUUGUCCAGACUUUCACCAAAAAAGAAGAUGUUGAGCUGGUGAAAAGGUUGCGGAAUUGGGCCACUUAUUGUUCGAAUCAAAAGUUGUUGAAUGAGACUCAUCCAUUUGCGAAGACCCCGGAACAGGAGCUGGUGGACGCUACUCAAUCCCAUCCACGCUUUGGGUCUUUCUACAACUUCCCAUCUUGGAUGGAGGGGUGGAAACAUUCGAAGAGAGGAGACCCUGACAGCCCUGUGAAGCUGGUGUCACUUGAUUGUGAGAUGGUCACUUGUGAAGGUGAUGUCAAAGAACUUGUUCGCGUAUGUGCUGUUGGUAGUGAUUACAAUACUUUAGUUGACGAGUUAGUUGUGCCCAACGGGAAGGUGACUGACUACUUAACAAGCAUUACUGGGGUUUCAGAGAAGGAUCUACAAAGAGUCACCUUGUCUCAGGCUGGCGUUCAGAAGCUGGUGUUGGAUUUAUUGACUCCAGGCACUAUUCUUGUUGGACAUAGCUUACACUAUGAUUUGAGAGCUUUGCAAAUCGACCAUAAACGGGUGAUCGACACAUCUUUGUUGUUUCGAGACCCUAGUUGGCCGCCUUCUUACUCUCCAAGCCUUUCCAAUCUUUGCCAAUCUAUCUUGAAGUACAAGUUUAGGGAGGAUGACAAACCUCACGAUUGCUUAGACGACUCCAUUGUUCCAAUGCGAUUGGUUCAUUAUCGGCUCGAGCAUGCUGUCAGCACUUUGUCUCUUGAAUUCCCGCGAAAGGAGGUAAAUCAAGGAGAUUUAUCCAAAUUAUUCUUGCACAAGCUGCCUAGCUCGAUCUCUUUAACUUUGCUUAGGUCUAUCUUUCCAAAAGAUCUAGCCUGUCGAAUUCAGGAUAUCAUGUUCAAGAAUAGAGGGAAAACAGGCUCAACUGUAGCCGUUUUUGAUAGCGCUGAAGAAGCAGACAGUGCGUUCGAGCAGCUGGAGGGAGUGUUGGGCAAGGAUUCAGCCGGGUACCCACAAAAGACAGUGAGCUUGAUGUACCCGUCAGGAAAUCAAAUGAGAAUGGCAGAAUUUCAAGUGCGCAAAAUGGUGAACUCUAGGUCAGUGAUCGCACCUAGACAGGAAAACGAGGAAUCUCAAGUGAUGAAAGCCUGCACAAAGAGGCCAACAGUUGACGACGUCGUUGGUGAGAAUAAUGACGAACCCAAACGACGGAAAAUUAGCUCCGGUACUGCUGCGGAUGCGAGGUGUAGUAAAGUGGUUGAAUUGGAGGACCAUGAUGGUAUCAAUGUACCACAAACUGACAGCACGUCCAUAUUGGGGCGAUCAGAUUCCUCGAAAAAAACACCUUGGGCGAACAAAUACCAGCUCUUGGAGCAACUAAACGACGAGGAUGAAGAGGUAGAAGAAGGAGAGAUUUCCGAAGGGGAAACUAAGGACGCAGCUGAACGGCCCGGGCACAAAGUAUGCUCCUGCUCUCAUCUCCAAGAGCUAGAAGCUUUGAAAUCAGAACUCGUCAAAGUGCGCAAGGAAUCAAAAUCUAAAGCAGAUGAGAUCAAGUCGUUACAGAAGUUAGUUGCUGCAUUGUCUCGCAGGGAAGGUCUUGCUUGACAGAGCUUGUACAUUAUAGAGUAUCGCAUUGAGGCUCCAAGACCAUUCCUUUACCAAUCCAGAGUUUCAACUUACUGGUCUAUGCUGACACGGACAGAUCAGAUGGGAUGCAAUCGAAUGGUUUUCAUUUGACACAGAAUCAAAUGAUGUUUCACUCGUAUUGAUGACAGCAGAUACAGGUCUUCGUUAAUUUGAUAACAGGAUAAGUGCAAGCUGAAUGCUUCACAUUCACUACCGUACACCAAGAAUGUGUCAUGCAUACCCAGCUUGCGAUCUUACAACUUGGCCCCGUGCUUGUAAUGUCGUGGAUUCGAUCGACCUCAGUUGCUCCCAGAGAUGCAACCAACUUCAACAAAGCUCUGAAGGCAGUGGUGCUUGCAGUUUGAAAUCUUGUUAUCCUGUAUGUCACCUGAAACCAUCAUAAUUUACCUAUUCCUGGAUCGAAAAAUUGGAGUACGCUUGUAGAGAUCUUAUGUUGAUUCAAUUUGUGAGGUAAAGUGUGGUAAUUAUGGUUGCAAGUUGUCUUCACAGCAUGAUAAUUUUAUCAACGGUGGAAAUGCUUGCUUCAAGUAGGUUGUUUUCAUCUAGAAAGUCAUCUUUAAUUUGAGGCUUAGUUUUAUAUUUUGUUCUUUUAUUACAAAUUUUAAUACAACUUGGUUUUUGCAUUGA